AUGUCGACCAAGUCGAAAACCGGCGCCCCGGCCCAGAAGAUCGAGCUUUUCUCGCCCACGUACUUUGCUGCUUGCACCCUCGGCGGCAUCAUCGCAUGCGGCCCGACUCACACCUCCGUGACGCCGCUCGAUCUCGUCAAAUGCCGCCGCCAGGUCGAUUCUUCCUUGUACAAGUCCAAUGCCCAGGCCUUCAAGAAGAUAUACAGUGCUGAGGGGCUCCGUGGCGUCUUCACCGGUUGGUCGCCGACCUUUGUGGGCUACGCAUUUCAGGGCGCCGGCAAGUACGGCUUCUACGAGGUCUUCAAGUACUACUAUGGCGAGAAGAUGUUUCCCAACGCCCCCAAGACCCUGGUCUACCUAGGAGCCUCGGCCUCUGCUGAGUUUCUGGCCGACAUGGCUCUGUGCCCGUGGGAGUCCAUCAAGGUGCGGAUGCAGACCACGAACCCGCCCUAUGCCAGGACAUUGCGGGAAGGGUGGAGCAAGGUCGUCGAGAAGGAGGGGGUGGCCGGCCUGUACAAGGGACUGUAUCCCCUGUGGGCCAGACAGAUCCCCUACACCAUGGUCAAGUUUGCCACCUUUGAAAAGGCCGUCGAGAUGAUCUACAAGCAACUGGGCAAGCCAAAGGAGUCCUACAAUGCGCUCCAGCAGACUGGCGUCUCGUUCUUGGGUGGGUACAUUGCUGGCAUUGGGUGUGCCGUCAUUUCGCAUCCCGCCGAUGUCAUGGUCAGCAAGCUCAACGCCGACCGCAAGUCGGGCGAGGCUGCCAUGAGUGCCGUAGGCAGGAUAUACAAGAACAUUGGGUUCGCCGGGCUGUGGAACGGACUGCCUGUCAGAAUCUUCAUGAUUGGUACCUUGACGGCCUUCCAGUGGCUGAUCUAUGAUUCCUUCAAGGUGUACUGUGGUCUACCUACCACUGGAGGACAUUAG